AUGUACAACGUUAAAAUGGCAAAGCACAGCCAAGGCGCCUUCCUCGUUGCCGAAAUUGAAGGAAAAUUCGGCAAAUUUAAUCUGCGCACCCUCCCUAACGAUUUUAUGUCUGAGUUAUUCUCGAUUAUUCAGUUGUAUGGAGAACUUGUCACCUCUGCAGUGAAACCGAAGACGGCCGAUCUUCAAGUUUUUCUCAGUGAUUACAUGUGCAAAUAUCAUGGAAACAAGGACUGGAAAAUACAGGAGAUCUCAUUGGGAAACGCAGUCGACGUGAAUGAUUCUAUUCUUCCGUGUACUUCUAUGGAAAUGUUCUCUUCGAGAAUGGACGUUGAUGCUCCUCCUGACGUUGAAUUCUUGGAAGACAAAUGCGAUGAGGAAUUAUUCAAUUGUUCUAAGCAUGAAAGCAACGGUGCCAGCUCGAUGACGUUCUCCAGUCAUCAAGAAUAUUCUAAUGUAACAGAACACCUUCAAGCAUCUCCAUGUCAUUCAUCU